GCAACACUCCACACGAAACAUGGAAGUGCUAGAGAGGUGUUUUCAAUAUGCGAUCUGGAAAAUAUGAAGUAACGGCACGCCUGCCUCAGUAGAUCUGUUGUUAGAUCAUUGACACAAAGCCGUGAACAGGGAUCAAUAAAGAUCUGAUCUGUGUACCCCUCCAGGCGAAAGCUGUGACAGCAGACCCCUGCGGGAUGUUCUGUCCAAAGGCCUGGGUGUUGCUGCUGGCCAAGCCUGCGUUCUGGGCCGUCCCCCUGGGGCAGCGGCACACCCACACCCUGGCCUCUUUUCGUGAGGCGUCUCGUCUGCCAGAGAGGAGGCUGCGGGGCCUGCUGUUCCCCUUCAGCGAGCUGGAGGGUCACCUGGCCCCCGGAGUGCGGCGGGGGGAGUUCAGUCUGUUCCAGCCCAGCGUGAGGGACGUCUCCAGGGCCGAGCAGCUCUUCACCCCCUCCCCCAAACACCGCAUUGACUACUUCACCUCUGCUGUUAGGAUGGACCAUGCACCUGGCAUGCAGCAGCCUGAGGUGUGUUUCAUAGGUAGGAGUAACGUGGGGAAGUCCUCUCUAAUCCGCGCACUCUUCUCCCUGGUGCCUGGCCUCGAGGUCCGGGUCUCCAAAACGCCGGGUCACACAAAGAAGCUCAACUUCUAUCGAGUGGGAAAGGCUUUCACUGUGGUGGACAUGCCAGGCUACGGCUACAGGGCACCUGAGGACUUCCGGGACAUGGUGGAGUCUUACCUGGAGGAACGGACAAGCCUGGUGAGGACGUUCCUGUUGCUUGACGGUUCAGUGGGGCUGCAGGAAGUGGACAAGAUUGCCGUGGAAAUGUGUGAAGAGCUGGGAUUGCCCUACGUGAUUGUGCUGACGAAGAUUGACAAGGGCAGUCGGGGGGUGCUGCUGAGAAACCUGCUCCAGCUGCAGGAAGUCAUCCAUAGGCACACAGGAGGAUGUUAUCCCCAGCCCUUCCUGGUCAGCUCUACACAGUUCUCCGGGAUUUACCUUCUUCGCUGUUUCAUUGCACAUGUGACCGGGAAUCUUGACCUGGAGAUGGCAGUCAAUCAGGGAACGCCAAAGGGGGUCAGGUGACCUUCCCCUCCUGGGGAGGGGGGGUGUGACUGUACAUACUGUAAGAAGAAAAAAACAUUUGAUUGGUUUAAUAAAAGCAGUAAUGCAAA